AUGGCAACCAGAAAUUUCCUCGCCACGAGCAACGCCGUCAAAUUGAAUGGUGUGAGCUUCUUCUCCUCUUUUACCGGAAAACCUAAACGCUACCUGACUCGUUGUUGGCCACAGACUACUAGUAGUCGUAAAGUCCAAACUUCGUGUUGUUAUCGUGAGACGUCUUUCAAAGCUGGGAUGUCGUUAGUGAGGCCUGAGGAAGAAACAGAUCCUAACAGUGACGGAAUUGGAAUCGUCCGUUUCUUAAAAGGAAAAAGCUAUCUCGUUACUGGUGCAACAGGGUUUCUUGCCAAAGUGUUGAUUGAGAAAAUGUUGAGAGAAAGUCCUGAGAUUGGGAAGAUCUUCCUUCUGAUGAGAUCUAAGGAUCAAGAAUCAGCAAACAAGAGACUCUACGAUGAGAUCAUAAGCUCGGAUCUGUUCAAACUUCUGAAGCAAAUGCAUGGGAGCUCUUAUGAAGCUUUCAUGAAGAGCAAGUUGAUUCCAGUAAUUGGAGACAUUGGAGAAGACAAUCUAGGGAUCGAACCUGACAUAGCAGACAUGAUUAGUGGGGAGAUUGAUGUCAUUAUCAGUUGUGGUGGUCGUACAACAUUUGACGACAGAUACGACUCUGCCCUAAGUGUCAAUGCUCUUGGACCUAAUAGGCUCUUAAGCUUCGGAAAAGAAUGCAAGAAAUUAAAACUUUUCCUCCAUUUUUCAACUGCUUACGUGACUGGCAAGAAUGAGGGGUUAGUACUAGAGACUCCUCUGUGUAUUGGAGAAAACAUAACUUCUGACUUGAACAUCGACUUGAACAUCGAAUCCGAACUGAAAUUAGCUUCAGAAGCUGUAAGAAAGUUCCAUGGCAGUGAAGAAUCCAAUAAACUGAAAGAAUUCGGUUUUGAAAGAGCUCAACACUAUGGGUGGGAUAAUAGUUACACAUUCACAAAAGCCAUGGGUGAGACUAUAAUUAACAGCAAUCGAGGAGAUUUGCCUGUGGUGAUCAUAAGGCCUAGUACUAUCGAAAGCUCUUACAAGGAGCCUUUCCCUGGAUGGAUCCAAGGAAUAAGAAUGGUUGAUCCAAUCAUCGUUGGUUACGGCAAAGGCCAGAUUUCUGGAUUCUUGGCAGAUUCCAAAUCUUUAUUGGACAUCACACCUGUUGAUAUGGUUGUGAACGCGGCAAUAACAGCCAUGGCAAAGCAUGGUUCUGGUGUACCAGAGCUCAAAGUUUACACUGUCACUUCUACAUCUCAUGCAAACCCACUGCGAUCUGGCGAGUUGAUGGACCUCUCUUACCAACAUCUGCGUGACUCUCCAUUGGAAGAUAAAGAGAUAGAUUUAGCGCCUAUGAAAUACCACAGUUCCUUAGAGAGUUUCACCUCCUCUUUGUCCAACAAAAUGAAAAGAAAAGAAGGAGAGUCACAUAUUGUAUCCACAAUGAGCGAUAAGGGAAAGAGAAGGCUAAACUAUCUUGUGUCCAUGGCAAGAACAUAUAAGCCUUACAUGUUCUUUCAAGCGCGCUUUGAUAACAUUAACAGCGAUUCUACAAUACAAGGCAAAUGGGCACUUCCAAAACCGCAAAUCUAAGAAGAUAAGCUAAUAGUUCCUGAAAACCCAAAAUCAAUUCAGAGAAGUAGAGACAUAUCGAAAUCCCCAUCAAACGAGCAAACAAUUUCCAUAAAAACUACUUGAAAUCCCUAAUCACGAUAUAAGCUAAAAUUCAGAUAAACCACCGAUCAAAAAUCAAAACUUUUUUGACCAGGCGACAAGAAUCAGCUCUAAUUUCAGGAAAUUAGAGUUUACGACACGAAUCAAACAACAAAGACCCCAUAA